AUGACAAAAUCAGAUGUUGCGUCAAGGAGUACUGAUAUAAAAUGUUAUAACGAUUACAGUCUUCAACUGACUCGAUGGUUUCUCUUGCCGAUCGGCGCUUGGCCGAUAGCGAGUACAUCGAACGUGAUGUGGAAAGUCCUUGCGUGGCUGCAUGUUCUCACUUGUGCGACAAUGAUAUGUAUCAUAAUGGUACCGUGCCUGUUGUACAUUUUAUUGGAGGAAAAUGACAUCAAGUUGAAACUGAGCGCCACAGGGCCGCUUCUUCACAGAGUCAUGGGCAUAAUAAAUUACUGGACGCUCCUGCAUCGCAGCAAGGACAUUCGCAAGUGCAUACGGCACAUGGAAACGGAUUGGAAACUGAUACAAAGACCCGAGGACCGAGAGAUAAUGCUGCAGCACGCCAAGUUCGGUCGCUUCAUCGCCUGUAUCUGUGGAAUGAUCAUGCAGGGCGGUACAUUUCUGUUUAGUAUAGCCAAAGCGAUGAAACCUACAACCAUUACCGUCGGUAACGAAACUUUCACAAUGCAUCCGAUGACGUGUCCGAUUUACAGCAACUUCAUCGACACGCGAUUCACUCCCGUGAAUGAAAUCAUGCUGAUCGUGCAGUUUAUGUCGACGUUCGUAGUGAGCUCUUCUACUGUCGGUGCUUGCAGUAUGGCCGCGGUCUUCACAAUGCACGCGUGUGGCCAGCUGAACAUGUUGUACAUGUGGCUCAAUGACCUCGUGAAGAAUCAGAAGAAACAAAAUCAUGACAUAACUCAGCAAAAAAUGGCUACUAUCGUGGAGCAUCACUUAAGAAUUUUGAGUUUUUUGAAACGCGUGGAAAGUAUUAUGCAUAAAGUUUCUCUUGUGGAGUUCGUAGGAUGCACAAUAAACAUGUGUUUACUUGGAUAUUAUUGCAUUAUGGCUUGGCAAGUGUUUGAUGUCGCGAAAAUAACAUCUUCCGUUAUUGUAUACGCAUCGAUGGGUUUUAAUAUUUUUAUAUUUUGCUACAUCGGAGAAACUGUCACAGGACAGUGUAAACAUGUUGGUGAAAUGGCAUACAUGACCAACUGGUAUGAAUUACCGCACCAAACAGCUCGUGGUUUUGUUUUGAUUAUUGCGAGAUCGAGUAACGUUAUCAAAAUCACGGCGGGAAAGUUAUUUCACUUAUCUAUUGCGACUUUUGGCGAUGUAAUUAAAACUUCCAUGGUAUAUUUAAAUCUUUUGCGAACAAUGACUAUGUGAAUCAUAAUAAAAUAUAAACAAAACUUGCG